AUGAACAAUGAAGCCGUGAGCUUACUGGAGCACAUGCGGAAUCAGAUGAGGGAGAUGGUCCAGACUGGUCUCACACCGGGGCGUAUUCCUGCCGUGCCUGAGAGCCCGUCGCGGAGUCCACAUAAGAACUCACCGCCUAAUGUUAGUGGAUUCGAUCAGUCAUCAGUGAGGGAUAACCGACGAAGUCGGAAGACUAAGGUACUCAACGAUAACGCUUCAUUCGUGAGCCGCUCUACUCCACAGGGUGGGUCUCAGCCCGAGCUCGGCAAUGAGCCCUUCAGCACUGAUAAUAUCAACGGGCCUGCGGGCUUCUCAGCAGUUCCGGCGACGGCUCCUGCUAUUCAACGGGAUCCCCGAGAUACUG